AUGGAGCAGGGUGCAAGACCAGUUCUUCAAAGGCUGGCCACCAUUGCCGGAAGGGUGGAUUCGCGUGAUCUCACGGUCAACUGGCAAGGUUUUUUUCGUCGACCAGAACAAUUCCAGUGGAGUUGGACAGAUGGAACUACCAGGUGGACCACAGGAGGCAGAAUCCAACUAUGCUCAGAGCUUCCGUCAAUUGGCACCAGGGGCAGCAACCCCAAGGCUAGCCUCACGGUGAUGCGUUUGCCAUGCCUUGACACAAGUCCCAUUCCCAAAGCUGGAUCCAGGGACCUGUGCGGGGCAUACUAG